UAAAAAAGUUUUGUUCAAGCUGAAAGCCAUUUUUAAUUGAAAGCAUUGCGUCCUCUCAAAUGGAAAAGAUGGUCAUCAUCCAGUUUUUGGCGGGACAGUGUCAUACUCUGACCAUAGUAUUGGAGGGAACCAGAAUAAAAACAUACCAUUUUAAAUAGUGAUGAUGAAACAGAACGUUCAGCAUCUCCGACCUGGUGAGAGGGAACAUCAACACAGUCAAAUCUGGGAAAUGAUCCGAGUGGUCGUUUGAGUCAUUGUCAGCGUGCGUGCGUGUUGUGUUGACGUUUGAACCUCUCAUCAAACAUCCGACGGAGGACCUUGUCCCCGAUAAAUACGCCGUGGCGGCGAGUGGGGAGCUUCACACUCAACCAAAAGGAACCAACAUGGCCUCACCACUGGUGGCCCACGCCGGGCUUGUUCUGCUUUUCUCCGUGGCGUCGGCCCAAAUCCGAGGAGAUAACAUCGGCGUCAGAAACGACAACAGCAUGACGUGCCACCCCAACGACGGCUUUCGCAAGUACUGUCCCACGACGUGCGGCGUGGCCGACUACAUGCACAAAUACACAUCCGGCGCCCACGAGAGUCUGGACUAUCUGCAAAAAGAGCUGGAUAGCAUCCACAACCUGACGGCGGGAGCUCAAGAACGCGUCAUCUACAUGAAAGACAGCAUCCAAACGGUCCAGAAGAACAUCCAACCCGAUGUCUACUUCCAAAAGUCGGCCGAUAUGCUGGAUGAUGUCAUCCGCUUUGAGAGGACCAUCAUGGAACAAGAGAAGCAAAUCUUCCAAGUGGAGGAUGUGUUCACCGCCAAUGAGAGGAGAAUGGCAGACUUGAAGAUGCUCUCCAUUCAGUUGCAGAGUACAUGCAGCGAGCCCUGCAAGGAAAGUGUUGUGAUUCAGCCCACCACAGGAACAGAUUGCCAGGAUGUCGCCAACAAAGGCGCCACAGUCAGCGGGAUUUACUACAUCAAACCGGCCCAAGCGACCCAACAGUUCCCGGUGUACUGCGAGAUUGACAACUUUGGGCGUGGCUUCACCGUCAUCCAGCGGAGACGGGACGGUAGCGUGGACUUCCACAAGGACUGGAUCCAGUACAAGGAGGGUUUCGGCUACCUCUCCCCCGAUGACAGCACCGAGUUCUGGCUGGGCAAUGAGAAGAUCCACCUUCUGUCCGUGGGCAGUAGCAUCCCGAUGGUGCUCAGGAUAGAGCUGGUCGAUUGGGAGGGCAACAAAAGGUAUGCCGACUACGCCAUGUUCCGGGUCGCGCCGGAGGUGGACAUGUACCGCCUGACGUACGGCUACUACAUGGGCGGUGACGCCGGCGACGCCUUCAACGGCUUUGACUUCGGCGACGACCCCAGCGACAAGUUCUUCACCUCGCACAACGGCAUGCAGUUCAGCACCUUCGACAAGGACAACGACAAAUACGACGGCAACUGCGCCUUGCAGGACGGCUCGGGCUGGUGGAUGAACCGGUGCCACGCUGCCCAUUUAAACGGCAAAUAUUACCAGGGUGGGCGCUACACUGAAAAGGACACCGGCGAAUUCGGCUACGACAACGGCAUCAUCUGGGUGACGUGGCACAACCGCUGGUACUCCCUGAAGGAGACCACCAUGAAGAUCAUCCCCGUGACGCGCAUCAUGGCAGGCGGGGGUCAGGAGGCGGGUGUCAAGCAGUUUGGAGUGGUUUAAAAAAAAAAGAAAAAAGAAAAUCAUUAUUGUUUGGAGCUCAGGAUAGUUUUGUUUUUGUCCCCAUACUUGAUCAUCUUAAAUCAUUUGCUCAACCUCGGGUGGAUGUCCGACCAAAGAUGUUUAGCAUUCUCUGAGUCAUUAUUUCUUUGUGCUGUCGUCCAUGUUGACCCGUUUCCGUACUUCACAUUCUGUGAGGAUUAAGCAUCUGUUGAGUUUCAUUCAGGAGUUUGUUGAAGUCCAUUUUUUAAAUUAUUUUUUUUCGUUUACAUGUCACAAAAUUGAUGUUGCUUUUGGGGCUUUUCUUGAUUUAGUUAACCAUUAAUUGGCAAACAUGCGUUUGUACAUCGAGUACACCAAACUUUGAACUCACAAAUUAACCCCCGGCAAAAAUACCAGAAAUAAUUAACUAGUGAGUGGGUUCUGCGAUAACCAUUUGCCCAAUUAUUCAUUCAUUCAUCUUCCGUACCGCUUGAUCCUCACUAGGGUCGCGGGGGGUGCUGGAGCCCAUCCCAGCCGUCUCCGGGCAGUAGGCGGGGGACACCCUGAAUCGGUUGCCAGCCAAUUAAUGAAUGAUUAAAAUAUAUAUUUUUUAAAAGAACAAAAGUAAUCAAUAUUUUUUGUAUUUUUAAAAAAUAAUUUAUACUGUAUAUUCAAUCUCCUCAAUUCAAUCUCAAACUUAGAAUUUCAUGGCUGCACCAGCCCCUCCUCCC